GUUGCCGAAGCCUCAGGCUGGGCGGUCCGGGGGGCGGUAUCGGCGCUGCCGGGAGCAGUUCGGCCUCCGACCUGCAGAGGGAGAUCCCGCGGCCGGGCCCGGCACCUGCUGCGGGCGGAAGCGGCGGAGCGCGGCCUCGGAGCGGCGGCGGCGGACGGGCCUCACGCUGUGUCCUCUUGUUUGUGACUCUCCCACUGUUGGCAACAUCUCAGCACCUCCCCUGUCGAGCCCCCUCAGGAUCUUGUCUGUUUGAAUAAGGUCACCCCUCAUUCUUCUGAACUCCAAGGAAUACAAACCCCAGCUGUCCAGCCUCUCUUGACAGGACAACCCUCUCAUCGCGGGAAUUAGCCUGGUGAAUCUCCUAUGGACUGCCUCCAAUGCUAAUAUAGUCAACUAUAGGUCACCAGGACGUGACUUCCCAAAACCAUGCCGUUCCUUCCCAAUAAGAAAGAAAUGAAGAAGCUCUACUUCAUCCUGAUGAUGGACUUCCCCGUCCAGGACCGUGUGUUUCCCGCUGGGACCCUCACCGCCAUUGCCGAGCCAGACUACCUGAAGGAGAUAGAAGGCGACCCCCUACCGGGGCGGAAGCUGAAGUUCCGCCUGGUGGAUGCUGAGGUGAGCCUGGAGCUGGAGGCGAGCAUCCUGCAGCCCCUGAGUGAGGAGCAGGCAGGCUUGCUGCAGGCCGUCAGCCCCUCUGCCAAGCGGCUGCACCUCUACCUGGAGAAGGAGGCGUUGCGAGCAGCCCUGCAGCUCUGCCUGAAUGACCCAGUGACCGUGGAGUACGACUCCGAGGCCCUGCCCGGCAUCGUCAGGUACAUCGGAAGUAUCGUCGACAACCACGUGCUGUCCGCAACGUUCUUCGGAAUCGAGCUGCAGGUGGAUGCAAACGUGGAUGGACUAAACAACGGAAGUUUUGGUGAGAAGCGGUAUUUCCAGUGCAAGGAAAAUCGUGGCAUCUUUGUACCCUUCAACAAGGUGAAACUGCGGUGGAGUUCUGCGGACAUCGGACAGACCGCGCUCACGGGCAGCACGAAUCCCACUGACGCCGAGCGCUGUUGUCCUGUGGUCCCUGGAGACCAUGUGGUCAUCUACAUGGAAGAGGAGAUAAAGGAAGGGACGGUGGUGGGAAUCUCUGACGGGGGGUCAACAGUUCUGGUCAACUUUACGUUGGACCCCUCGAAGGGAGAUGGGAAGAUCACCACCCAGAAGAUCCCACUGGAGUCCAUCAUCAAGAGGGAAAUGCUGCAGCCCCCCAGGAACAUCCAACGCUGCGUCUCCAGAGAGAGCCAGCUCGCAGUGGACGGGGCGGAAACGGGUCAGAGCCCGAAGAAUCAGGCCCUGGUGAAUGGAGGGAGCCCUCCCCGCCACUACCUGGGGGUCAAGUCCACCGUGCAGAUCAACAUGGACAACGGGCCUCCGGUGACCGGGGUCAUCCAGUGGAUGGGGCAGCUCCCAGGGUUGUCUGGACAGCGGGCUGGUAUCGAGCUGGAUGUAGACAAGGGGCUGACCGAUGGCACCUGGAGGGGGAGGCGGUACUUCGACUGUGCCCCCAAUCGGGGGCUUUUUGCCCACUUGGCAUCCUGUCAGCCUGACGCCAGGUUCCAGUCAUUGGCCAUAACUCGGGAAGAUUGCCAAGACCCCGAUCGAACCGCUGGCAGCCGGGAAAGCUGUGUGGUGUCCGAGGUGGUCCCCCCGCCAAGGAACGAGGACGCUGUCCGGAUCCUGCAGGGAAGGAUGCGUGGGAUUCAGGGACACUGCAACUCCUGCUACAUGGAUUCCGCCCUCUUCAGCCUCUUCUCCUGCACCAUGGUGCUGGACUCCAUGCUGUACAAGACCACCUUCCAUCAUAAUGCCCACAUCCAGCAGAUCCUGCGGGAGGAGAUCGUCAACCCACUGCGCAGGGACGGGUUUGUGGACUGUAAGAAGGUGAUGAAUCUGCGGCAGGAACUGACUCAAGGCGGAUUCUGUGCGGGCUUCACCACGGAGGAGAAAGAUCCGGAGGAGUUUCUUAACGUCAUCAUGCAGCAGGUUCUGGGAUUGGAGCCGCUCCUGAAACUGAAGUCACAAGGACUGAAGGACCAGGAGUGCUAUUGCCACCAGAUAUUUAUCGAUGAGGACGAUGAGCUACUGGUGCCCACUGUCCAGCAGCUGGUGGAACACUCCUUCCACUGCAGCCACCUCAAGCUGACCGAGGUUCCCUCCUGCUUCAUCAUCCAGAUGCCUCGUUUCGGGAAGAGUUACAAGAUGUUUGAGAAGAUAAUUCCCUCGCUGGAACUUGACAUCACCGAUCUGCUGAGUGACAGCCCCAGAGAGUGCUGUCUGUGUGGAGAUCUAGCCACUCAGGAGUGUGAAGAGUGCUUCAGGGACAAGCUGUUUUCAAAAACGGGUCUCAAGCAAUACUGUGACAUGUGUUGGCAUCAGGUUCACGCCCACGUGUCCAGGCGGAGACACAAAGCCACACCGCUCCAGUGUCCAGCGGAGUACGAGUGGAGCAGGAGGACGCAGGUGCCUCGCGAGAGGAUGCAGCUCUUUGCCGUGCUGUGCAUCGAGACCAGCCACUAUGUGUCCUUCAUCAAGUACGGCCCCGAGGAUGACCACUGGAUGUUCUUCGACAGCAUGGCUGACCGGCACGGUGGCGAGAGCGGCUACAACAUCCCCACGGUGACCGCCUGCCCCGAGGUGGGGCUGUACGUCAACACCCCGCCGGCCCAGCUGGCCAAGCAGAGCCCCCGGGACAUGGCUGGGGUGGCCAAACGCCAGUUCUGUGACGCCUACAUGUACCUGUACCAGAACCCCAGGAUGGCCGUCUACAAGUGACCCAGGAGCCUGGCUCAGAGCAGAGUCCUGGGGACAGGAGGGGAGCCACCACAACAGUCGGAGGUUAAUUGCAGCUGGCACUAAUGGACGGCACUGGAGGGGCUGGGGAACAGGGAUAACCCAAUUAUUGGUUCUGCUUCCCAUCCCUCACUCCCUCCAUGCUGGUAUCGGCUGCUUGGCCAAGCUAGUAACAGUGGUCCACCUGGUCUCAGCCCCCUCCACCCCUACUCCAACUCGCCCAGCUUUCCCUCACCCUCCUGCCUCACGCUGUAGGAAGCUGCUGCUAUGCUGUUUUGGCCAGAAGUUCGCUCAGUGCCAGGUUGUCCAGAUGUUCGCCCCCCCCCAGCCAGAUUGUCCAGAUGUUCACCCCCCGUGCCAGGUUGUCCAGAUGUUUGUGCCAGUUUGGCCAGAUUUUCGCCACAUGCCAGGUCAUCCAGAUGUUUGCCCCCCCCCCCCCCGUGCCGGGUCAGCCAGAUGUUCACCCCAUGCCAGGUAGGCCAGAUGUUCGCCCCAAGCCAGGUCAGCCAGAUGUUCGCCCCCUGUGCCAGGUCAGCCAGAUGUUCGCACCCUAUGCCAGGUCAUCCAGAUGUUUGCCCCCCCGUGCCGGGUCAGCCAGAUGUUCACCCCAUGCCAGGUAGGCCAGAUGUUCGCCCCAAGCCAGGUCAGCCAGAUGUUCGCCCCCUGUGCCAGGUCAGCCAGAUGUUCCCCCUGUGCCAGGUAGGCCAGAUGUUCACCCCGUGCUGGGUCAGCCAGAUGUUCGCCCUUCGCCUCGGACUCCCCCACAGGCAUUCCAGACAAGUGGAAGGUUUGGGCGACCCAAUCACAGUAACGUUUCCAACAUCCUUUGGCAGGCCAGCAUUGCUCACUCAUCCUGAUCUGCCCUUGAGAAGGUGGGGAUGAGUCACCCGAACCACUGCGGUCCUGGUGCAGGGGCUUCCAGACCGUGCUGUGUGUGGGAUUGCAACACUUAGCCCCGGUGAUACUGAGGGAUGGGCUGUUGGUCUUUGGGACUGAGACACCUCCGAGUUUGUUUCCUUCGACCCUGCAGCCCAGUUACUCUGUGCCUCAGGGUUUUGUCUGCAAGAGGCAGGUCGCCAGCUGCCGUUCCAGCUUGUACCUGUUACCUGCUCCAGGGUCCUGGGUUCCACUGAUCACUGGCAGAGUUGUAUUGCUAAUUUACAUUUAUAAAUAAAAAGAUCUAUCUUAUUUUUAA